GGCCAGUCAGGAAGCAAUGGCCAAGGCGAGGCUACCACUAGGUUGGAGGGACAAUUGCGCAGGACUGCUGAUACCACUCAACAAGUGCCGGCAUGAGAACUUCUACCUGCCAUGGAAGUGCACAGAUGAGAAGCACGGCUACGAGAAAUGCCAGUAUGAAGACAUGAUGCGGCGGAUGAAGAUCGCCCAGAGACAACUCGUCGCUAAAGCGCAAGAGGAAGAAGAGUAGACGCUCCCUCUCCUGCUGUAUCUCUACUGUACACCCACUUGCAUCCCCUCGCGCUCGGUCUCCGCGUUUGCACUGCGCGCUCACCUCACGGAAAUGCACUGACCUUUGCCCGCCAGCCCGUCGUGGCGCUUCACACCUUGCUGUGCAAUCCUGCUGCGGAGUACGACCUCUCUGACUCGACCCAUGUGACGCAGCACAUCUAGUAUGAGAUACUCUGUGCUGCUCUUGACCCUGCUCGCCAGCUUGACCGCAGCACAGCAAAAGCCAGUCACGGUGCCUGAGCCUGGCGAACGCGUCUCACUCGAUAUACCUCCGCCCGCCCCUGCUCCAGCUCCAGCAGGACCACCUAUCCUCGCUCAACAAGCUCCACCAGUACCUGUCUUGCAAGCACCGGCACCUCCGCCUGCCGCUGA